AUGACUGAUGUCACUCAUCCGGAAGCGGUGGCAAUGACACGCUCCAUUUACAAUCGAGUACCUCCGAAUGCUCCUGUAGAAGCAUACAGGCCGAUGGAGGUGUUGGUGGAUUUCAGAGUAUUCAACAUCAGAGCUCACUGCCUGACUUACGCAUCGUUUUCGGAGGAGAAGAGUUUUUGCCCCGUUCUUUAUACGGAAGAGAUCGCUGUGGUGAUAAAGAAGGGUUUCAAGGAGACCAUAAUACAACGUAUUUCGAAGCGUGCGGCAUCGACGCAGAACGACGGCUACUUGACGCUGUCGGGGUUGCAGUUCAGAGGACAUGCAAUGUUCUCGUCAGUCGACUGCCCAUGGGACAUGGCUGUAGUUGAGUACUGCUGGCUUACAGAGAUUUUAGUUGGUGAGGUCGGCGGGUGCUUUGGCAGUCCAUCACAGAUUAUCACAUUGGUGAACUUUCUGGAUACAUUGCUGUUACUUGUCAUUGCGAAGGAUGACGCAAAAAUCGUCCCAGACAGGUUCAAGUUUUGUCAGCAUGGGCAAACAAGUACAGUGUGCUCAGUAGGAUCCCAGCCUGGUCGUCCAUGC